GAAUAAGUGCGUGCGUGGAUGCGCGUAUAACGCGACAUGGGCGGAAGACACAUCAGUGAAAUCUUCCAGUUAUACGAGCGAAGCAUACUAAAUUUGCUUUUAGAAGCAGAAGAAAGGGCUGAUCUAUGUUUGCGCCUUUCAAACCUAAAAUUAACGGUUGCGUCUUUCGCCAAGUCUCAGUCUGGGAGAACUGGCCACGUAACGACGCAGCUUGUUCCUUAGAGUGCAUAUAAAGUGCGACACCUAGUGUUUACCAUAAUGUAAUUCUACCAUUAUUUAAAUAUUAUACUUGCAACGUUAUUAGAAACAAUACGUAGGUAACAAAUAAUAAAUGGCUCGCUGGCAACGACCGACAGGACCUUUAAACGUCUGGAAAGUAAUCGAUGGAUAUGAAACUUUAGAAGAUGGAACAAAGAAGCCUGUUAAAUUUUCCGUUCAAGAAGUGCCAGAUGAUGAGUAUCGACGAAAAGAAUUUCUGGAUCUUAUGACUACGUAUUUCUUAGCAGAAGAACCGCUUAGCAAAUCCUUGAACAUCAAAGAUGAUCCAGACGGAGUCGAAGGUUUUCAAACCAUCUGGAAAUAUGGUCUAAAUCAAGGGAUUGUUAUAGCUUGUUAUAAGCUCGAUUCUGAUGGAAAGACUGAAAAAUUGGUUGGAGCUAAUGCAGUAUUUAUUGUCAACGAGCAGACUGGAAAAGAUUUCGCCGAGUACAAGAAAGGGUUUAAGUCGGAGAAGUUCAUGAGAAUUUGGACCUUUUUUGAAAAGCUUGCAAGUAAAGCCGAUGUUACCAAGGCGUACAACGUAGAUAAAUUCAUUAGUUCGAUAAGUCUCAGCGUGUUGCCUGAAUAUCGAGGACAAAAACUUGGCUAUCAUAUACUUGAUGCAAGAUCUGCCAUGGCAAAGAAAUACGGAUUUACAGCGACGUCUACAAUGUUUACAGCGGAAGCUUCGCAGCUACAGGCGAAGCGUUCAGGAUUCGAGGAGGGAUGUUCGGCAGAUUACGCGGAUGCUGUCGAUGACGAAGGCAAUCCCCUAUUUCCUAAUAUUACAGCCAAGUGCUCAAAAAUAAUGAUGAAAAGACUUCCCUGAUCUGAGGAUACCACCACAAUUUGUCCUCUUAGCAAAAAAUGUCUGUGUACCAAAAAUGUAUACUGUAAUAUACUGUAUAAAUGUAUACUUCUUAUUAUAAAUAGUUGAGAAUUUUUACAGCUAUGAUAAUUUGUCUAAUAAUAUUAUUAUGUAUGUUUAUUUUCGUAAAUAACUUGGGUUAAUAAAAAUCAAAUACUUUAUAAGCCAAUUCA